AUGGCAGUGGGCACUGACCAAUUGCCCUCUACUUCGAAAGAAUUCUUGCUCGGUGGUAUUGCCAUAUACUUGCUGGUGACUACUCCAGAUAUUCCGAUGUUCAUCGCAAGUUUGGGACCGACCGCAGCACGGAUCGCGGUCUAUGACGUCCGCGCUUUGACAAGACGCUACAAAGGGAAAUUUUGUCUGGGUGUUCCUCCGCUUGCCUGCCAGCACCAGAACGCCGAAAAGAAGGGAAAGCCAUGA